AAAAACUACCACUCGACAGGCGCACUUCAUAGAGAUUACGAGCAAGGGCCGCGCUAUAAAACGACUCCGGCUGCCCGAGAUGAGCCAUUCGAAUCAAUCCGAACCAAACCUUCACCAUGGUCAGCAAGGUCGUAAUCGUCGCCUUCGUCGCUCUGUGCUGCGCACAGGCGCUGGCUGCUCCUCGCGAGGAGAAGCUGGAGCUGGAGAGCGCAAACCUCAACAUGAACAUCAUCAAGUGCACGAAAUCAGUGAUCAAGGCCGUUGGAGUUGUGAAGGACACACUCGCCGUUGUUAAAGACUUCACGACCAUCGUCAAGAACGGUCAGGCCGCGAAGGCUACCUGCAAGUCUAACGAGGCCGCCACCGCCGAGGAGAUCGAGGCCUGCGUCAACGCCGCCAAAACCGCAGAGAUCAACGAGAUCUUCGCUGAGGUCAAUGUUGCUGUCCAGAAGGCUGCAACCGCUUACGAAGAAAUCAAGGACGUCAUCGACGAGUGCACUUAAAUCUCUUAUCACCCUCAUUCCCUCCACCACCCCCUUCCACACCAAUGUUUUAAGGCUUUAUAAAAUAAAAUUUAUGUUUGCAAGUCAA